ACUCCCACAACGGUGCUGGCAAGCAACCGUGUUUUCGAUUGUUCAUUAAUCGAUUAUUUGUUGCAUUUGUUGUUGUUUACGCAAAUUGUUUACGGAAAUUAUUUAUUUAUUUACUGUCGGGGAAGUGAUUUACUGUCAUGGAUUUCGACAGUCCCGAGGAGAAGGAGUUUCCCGGGCUGUAUGCUUCGGAGGCGUCGGAUGCCAAGUCCAAGAAGAGCAAGGAGGAAAGUGACUUCAGCGAGGAACACGAGCACAGCAAGAAGGACCUGUUGAUCGGACGACGCAAGGACAAAAAAGAGAAGGGCAAAGAUCGUGGAUACGCCGCGCUGGAGGGCGAGAGCUCGCCUGAGGAAGAGCUGGAUACCAAGAGUCCUUCAAAGUCGAAAAAAUCAAAAACCUUUAAAUUUACUAGCUCCAAGAGCAAGGAGAAACGCGAAAAAUCGCGUGACAAGUCCGAUAAGGAUUCCAAGCACGCCGACGAAGAGGCUGGUCCGUCCCACAAGGCCAAGGAGAAGGAGCGAGACAAAGAAAAGGACAAGGAGCGUGAUGAUCUCAAGAAAAAAGAUAAAGAGGAUAAGCGCAAGGAGAAAGACAAAAAGGCAGACAAGAAAGACAAAAAGGACAAGAAGAGCAAGCAGCUGUCGCAGCAGCAGGAUGAUGCCUCCGCCGCGGAGGAGGUGCUGGCCCUCGGAUACCCUGUCUUUGGGGUGUCCGUAAGCCUGGCAACCGAGCGGUCCCGCUGCCACGACGGCGUGGAUAUACCUUUGGUUGUGCGCGACUGCAUCGACUUUCUGCAGGAUCACCUGAAGUGCGAGCAGAUAUACAAGAUUGAGCCCAUCAAGACGCGUCUGAUGCACUAUAAGCGGUUGUACAACAACCGCGAGCACGACUCCGCCGUCGAUGAGCUCAAUCUGCCCACCGCCUGCAGUCUGUUGAAGCUCUUCCUGCGCGAACUACCGGAGCCUCUGCUGACCACCGAUCUGGUGGCUCGCUUCGAGGAAGUGGCCUCCCAUCCAAAGGUCACCACGCAGCAGGCAGAGCUGCAGCAGCUGCUCGAGCAAUUGCCCAAGUGUAACCGCACUCUGUUGGCGUGGGUACUGCUCCAUUUCGACGCGGUGAUCCAGCAGGAAAGGCACAAUAAGCUCAACGCUCAGUCGCUGGCCAUGCUGCUCAGUCCGACACUUCAGAUGUCACACCGACUAAUGGUGGCCCUACUCUGCCACUGCAACAAUUUGUUCGCGGAUGUCAAGCUGAUUAGGUAUGUCCCCCCGCUCACAUCAGCCAGCCCAAAGCUUCCGGAUACACCGGAGGACAUCCAGACGGAGUUGCGCAAGCAGGACAGCCUCCUGAAUCAGAUUCACAGCGAGAUGAACGCAGGUUUCAUUACCAAGAAACGCGAGGAACAACUUUGGGAAGUACAGCGUAUAAUUACACAACUCAAGAGAAAGUUACGUACCUUUGAGAAGAAACAGGAAAAGUCCGUGGAUGAAUUGGACACAAGCAGCAGUGCUCCGCCAACGAUCGCAAGUGAGGAUACCACGGAUUCGAACGCAACUCUCGCCCCGACCGCAUCCACUAGCAACAGUAUUACCCUUGAGGAGCCAAAAACAGAAGAGCGUCCCACCAAGGAUGCUCUAAUACAUUUUUCUAUUGAUCCCGGUACAGGCUUCAUUUUAUUGCCCAAAUCGAAUCCGCACCGCGAGAAUUUGCUGCGGCUUCAAAUCGAAUACGACGAGCUGAUGGAGUGGCAGAACGAACUAAAGGCCCGCAUCGUCUCCGAACGCAACGAAGUUCACAGGCUCAAGCAGUUAUACGAGCAGCAGUCAAUUAAUAGCCAAAUGGCUGCAUUAGCAGUCGGAUCACAGGCACCGCCUGAGUCUGACUAUGAGCGCAUUAUCGAGCAUUAUACACGCGAAAAUGCGCUGCUGGAGCACAAGAAGAAUAUGCUGGGCAUGGAGCUAAAGGAGGAGCGUCGAGCCUGCAUAGCCCUACAAGUUGAACUGCGACUGCAGAAGUUUUAAACUUUAAAAUUUAAAGUAUUGAAAAUAUUGAUGUAUUACUAGGAUGGGUCUUAUUUCAAGAAACUAAAAAAGCUCGUUUCCAAAAGAACAACAAAGACUUUACCAAGAAACCAGUGAGGGUUUCAGUAAUAGUUCCUUUACAGUCAUCUAUUAUUAAUCUUCACCGGCUGAGAAAUCUUGAAAAAUUUAGAUUUAGAGAAGUCGAUAUAAAAUAUCGACAAAACCUUAUCUAAAAACAUUUUUGUCCGCAUCAAAAUGGAUAAUUUUUCGAAUUUUUACAAUAAAGAUUCCCUAAUACUAUCAAAUAAAAGGCACUACGAAAUUUUGUAUAACAAAAUUGUAAUUUUGGCCAAGUUAAAUAUUUAAAAUUUUGACAAUGAAUACUUUUUAUCAGAAAGUCUCUUGUUAAUUUGGAAAUGACCGAGUUCGUUCUAAAUCCGACCCACCAAAAUAUAUGUAUAUAAGAUUAACCACUUUAAAUCUCAAUGUCUAAAUAUGAUCAAAUGCUUUGUUAAAAUUACAGUUACUGUUGAAAUGGCGCAAAGCCUCAAAA